GCCUAUACACCAAUUAGUAUAGAUAUUGAUGAAAUUAAAAAUAAUUUAUAUAAUGCAAUGAACCAUUAUUGGCCUAAUUUAACAUCACCAAGUUCACUUUUACCUAGUCUUUUAGAUCCCAGGUGCAAAAAUCUAUCUUUUGUCUCGUUUCCUGAACGGUUUGCUACUGAAAAUUUACUUCGUGAGGAGUACGAUAAAUUGAAAAAUCAUAUAGAUAAGGAAAAAAAAAAUGCUAGAACAGAGGUUAAAUCAAGUGCAAAAAAAAAUACUAAAA